CGAUGGCCAACAAGUACAAAAGACAGAACCUUUUAUGUUGCUACACAUAAACGAGCCCACGAUUCUCACUCUUCAGCAGAUUGCCACACCAUAACAAGUGCACGCAGUAGUUCACAAGCAAAUCCGCUUGUCGGAAACCUGAGUCUGCAGGUUGUGUUUCCUUUCUUCCUGAACCUGUCUACAGGUUUUGUACCUCAAAAACUUCAGCCUUUCUCUCAGUUUAGAUUUCAAAACCCCUAUGUCAGUAAGAAAAUAACAAAAGGUAUGCCAAAAAGUAGAAGUCGGAGUCGCUCUCCUCAUGGCAGAGUUUUUACGGAACGAAGACGAAGUCGAUCACGAUCAAAAGAGAGGAGGAAAGAUGGUGAACGCAGAAGAAGUAGAUCAAGGUCACCAAAGCGACGAAGGCAUCGAUCUCUUUCAAGAUCACCUUCCCCACGAAGGCACAGAAGAACACCAUCCCCAAGGAGAAGGAGAUCAAGGUCAUCAUCACCUAGACGUUCUCGAAGAUCACGCUCAAAGUCUCCCUCAGACAAGAGGAAAUCUGAUAAGAACACUGUAAAAGCAGAAGGUCAAAGUGAAAUUGAUGGUGUUGCAGAUGGUGAGGAGGUUCAUAAUGAAGAUGAGGAAGCCAUGAUGAAAAUGAUGGGAUUUUCUAACUUUGAUUCAACAAAGGGUAAACAUGUGGCUGGUGCAUGUAAUAUGAGCUCUGCCAGUGUAAAGAAGGCCAACAAAUACAGACAGUACAUGAACCGAAGAGGAGGCUUCAACAGACCACUAGAUUAUGUCAAUUAGUUAGCAAUUUAAAAUAGAUCUAUUGGAACAUUUCAAGUUGUCCUGUUUACAACUGGGACAUCUCCAGUAUUGUCCUUGCAGUCGUUUGGGUUCCUUCAUGCAUGGUGAAAUUCUAACAGAGACAAAGUCGAGGGAAACAUCAAGUCCCGAAGGAAAACAAAUUUAACUGUUUUCCAAAGGGCCAUUAUUUAUUUGCCACUGGUUUUAGAUUUUCUACACCUUGUAAAAAUGUGACAGAAAAAAAAACACUAGUUUGACUUCCUAAAUAUUUUAUUUCCAGUUUUGUACUCCGAAGAUAUCCAGGGUAAUUACGUUAUGCGUUAAGUUCUCUUGAUUAUCUCUCCUGAUUGGUUGACAUUUUCUUCUUAAUUUUGGAAUAAACAGAACAUAUCUUUGAAAAAGGCUUCAUCAUUUCUUACAUUUAAAGGAUAAAAUGUGAAAAAAUCUUUAAUGUAUAGACUGAAAAUCAUGCUACCGGUAACUGGGACAAACCUUUUGAUGUAAGUUCUGGAGAAAAGUUCCCUUGUAGUAACCUAAGCAUGUAUUUGCAUUUUACAGGCCGCUUUCAUGAGAAUUGAAUGAUUCUCCUUAAGAAAAAAGUGUUUUCUUUUGUGCAAUGUUUUGAAAAAGCAAUUUGCAAAACUGAGUGGUCCAUCUUAGCAGUUGUAUGGUAAAAUCUAGACUGCUCAGGGAACUAAUCAAUUCUCCUUUUCAUCAAUGGACCAAUUUGCCAUGUAACUAUAUAACUUUAUAAUAUACAUAGGACCCUACACAUGCUCUGAUUGGUCAAAAACCCAUGUUUUAUCAGAGUAUAAAACAUAGAAAAAGCGUGUAUUAUUGCUUUUUGUCACAUUACCUCUAUAUCAUAAAGCAAAUGAAGAAGACUAAGCUGUGUAUUACACUGUGAUAAAGCUCCCUGGACACAGAAAUGUGGAAAACACUUGCCUGCAGCUGGUGAUUUCUACAUUUCCUUCGCGUGUCUUCUGAAUUAUUAUAUAAAAGCAAUUUGAUUUACGAAUUCUUCUCUUGUUCUUCCAACAUCCUGCGUGGUUUAUCAGCCUAUAAACCAUAAAAACUUGUGGUCUAUUGCUUAAUUUUACUUAGAGACUGCUUUGUGCAGUUUUUCUCUCUCCCUUGAUUUUCUCUCACACUAUUCAUAAUAAUAUUUUAACUUCAACACUGAUGUGAAGUUAAUUAUUAAUUAAAUCAUCUACAGUCCCAUCUUUUUCUCUAUUGCAAUGUUCUGUACAUAUUUGUUAAAAGAAUAUAGAUAUUCAUUUCUAGUUUUGAAAAUAGUAAAAUCAACAUUUUGUA